AUGGGACAUCAUGAGCAUAGCUCUCAUCCUGAUAACAAGCCAGAGGAAUGUUCAGUGUGUUUUAACGAUUAUGAUGACAAUCAGCUACGGCCUCGCAAUCUGCCGUGUGGCCACACAUUCUGCUCCCAGUGUAUUAACAAUGCUAUCAAGAAUGGUCAGCUGUCCUGCCCCAGCUGCCGUGGCCAGCACGCUGCCACAGCCUCUACUCAGUUCCCAAUUAGCUAUGCUGUGGAGGCUUUUGUUAGGAAACUCAAAAAUACCCAGCUAACAACUGAGGAAGUAGUGCCAGCAAAACAUUAUGAAGGUCCCGCCAGAGGCAUCAGUAAGACAUUACGUUCCCUGGUGCAGGAGCAGAAGAGCAUCAUCAGCAGCCUCAUUACUAGCUGUGAAGAG